GUAAGAAAUUCUUCUUCUUCUUCUUAUUCUUUUUUUCUUUUUUCGUCAAACUCGAAUAACGAAUUCCGUUCGUCGAAAUGCAGGAAUCUGUUUAUCUGUUGAAAAGAUGAAGUGAGAUAGGGUUAUGAAGUUUCAAAAGUUUAACGUGUUAGAAUUAUAUUUAUAUUCGAGGAUUUCGGGCAAAGUGUAAAAAUUGAGAAGGAAAGUAAAGCAAAAUCGAUAAGAUUGUUCGAAUACGAGAUCAAAUAUUGUGUCCUGUCUAAUUUACGAAUGAAAAUAAAGAUAUAGAUAUUUUAUUCGAUGUGAAAUAAUCAUUGCCACAAUUUAAUAUGCACGGAUAUCGGAGUUAAGACUGUUCCACGGACGCUUGUAUCAAAUUGAUCCAUGUUAUCAGAUAAUUAAAACUUACCAUGACUAUCUUGAUAUGAAAACUGUUUAUAUUUGAACCGAUAAACUCGAUUCGAGUAUAUAUACUCGAAUACUGGUAUCUCGAAGGAGAGAGACAUUUUUGUCCAAUUUGCAAUACAGAUUUAUCUUACUCUCUCGAAUUAAGCACAAGAGAUAGAGUUCAAGUACCCCCCGCUCGACGAUCAGGAAUAAAGUUCAACAUCUAAAUUAGUCAGUUCCGUGAUAGAUGCACCGAAGAAAGUAUACCUAGCCGGCAAUCUGAAGCGGGAAAAAGAGAGGACGAUUGCGCGAUACUUGGAUAGCUUCUUUUCUCAAAUUCGAGAUAGCCAGGCCGGAUCUUCAAGUCAGGAUGAUCCUGGAAAAGAAAGCGACGCAGCAAAAGAGAAUACAGCGGUGAAGGAAUCAUCGAAGAAAGAAGCUACAGGAAUAAAAAUCGCACAAUCGAAUAAACUACGAAACGUAGAUAAUACGGUGAUUAAAUUAACAACAUUUGAUUAUCCUGGAACUUCGAAAUCGCAUCAACCUGGCAAGAAACCAAGUACGAAGCCUGGACACAGUAAAGUGAAAUCCACCCAGAGCAAAGCAACACAAAUGCGUGAAAAUUUAAGUACACAAAGGCUACAAGCUAACGAAGAAAUCGAUGAUGAUUCUUCUUUGGAUGCAGAGGAUACCCAAGCAAGGCCCAAAUACAUUUUAGUCGGAUGGGACAAAUUUCGUUCCAAGCUUAUGCUUAUACUACUCAUUCUCUUUGUUUUAUGGGCAGUCAUCUAUUUUCCCAUAAUUCUAAAUAUUUAACGACCUCGGGAAAAAAAAAAGAAUAAUAAUAAUAAUAUUUCCUCUUCUUAUAACUUAUAAAUAUUCAGUGAAUUUUAAUAUGAGUAUAUACAUAUAUAUAUAUAUAUAUAAAAGUAAGUUUCCAAUUCUUAGUAAGAAAUGAACGACUCCUAGUUUGUAUUAAAAUUAUAUAUCGAGAAUGUUAUCUGUUUGUGCGCAAAUAGAACGUUUCCUUAAAUGUCAAACAAAUUAUGAACUAGUUUGUCAUGAUAAUUGUGAUAAAAGAACUUGAACGUGUAAAUAUGUAAAUAUAUUUUUCAAGAAUAAAAUAUAAUUUCUUCUAUCUAAAUAAUAAGUUUUUUUUUUACAUAUAUAUGUAUAUAUAUAUAAAAACGAAUAAUAUAUAAUCGUUAUAAAGUUUAUUCCUAUAUUAUUGAAAUGUGAAAUAUCUUGGUACCAAAUGAACACCUUAUUCAUAAUGGUCAUUUAAUCUUCUGUUUCUAUGGGGCAUAAAGAAAGAAAAGAAAGCGAUUAUCUUUUCUAUUUUUUUUCUAAAUAUCAUAAAUUAUAUCUUCUUUUGUAUUAAAUGUAUAACGAGUCAGAGAGAUCAAGGGAUCAGAUUUUUAUCAUAGGAAAUGGCCAUUUUUUAAUAAAUAUAAGAUAGAUAUAAACAAGAGUUUAUAUUAUUUAAAUUUAUGUAUAAGAUUAUUCUAGUAUUAAAUGCAUUAAAACGUUUAACAUUAUUUUAUAUUCGUAUCUAUACCUUGGACGUAUAUAUUCAUCUUACAAAAACCGUAAAAUCGUAAAAUUCUCCAAGAGGGAUAAAUUGUCGAGGAAAGGCUGAUCAGAAGCCAUUCUCGUGUAUCGAUAGCGAAUAAAUCUACUCUUAAUUCCCUAGUUUAACACGAUUUCUAACUUAGCUCCCUUGAUCUACAUUAAUUCGUUCAUCAUCAUCAUUCCAUUUGAAACGAACCAAUCGUCACCGCUUAGCCAAUAACUCAAAACGAUAAAUAGAUUAAUCACAAGUGACACAAUGGAACAUUAAACAGCGACACGUAACGAACCAGAAGAAACAGAAUUCAUAAACAAACGAGAUUAUUCGAAAGCAGUUUCAACUUGAAAGGAAGAAACAUUACCAGCUGUCGGAUUGAAGAAUCGAGAAAUCGAGCGUGAAGUUAAGAUCAGGGACUGACAUCAUCCUUUCAAGAAGAUCGGUUCUCGUUCAAGUAUCAUAUGAUGAUCGUGCAACGACCUUAAAAGUAAAGAUCUUAUAUACGUGCCAACGGAAUCAGCCGGCGAGGCUUCAAUUUAUCUUGAAACGUUCACGUACUCUCCCAAUUUUAUUGCGUUUGAAAUUGAAACAAUCCUGAAGAUCGUUGACGAGGAACUAUGAAAGUCGAAAAAAUUUCCGUUAUUUUCUUGGUAUUUGGAUUAUCUCUGAUAUUGGUCGCCAACGUAAAGGCAGAAUGGAAAUUUUGGAAUAAGGAUAAGGGUAAAGAAGAAAUAACAAUGGCUACAAUUUUUGUACCAAGUAUUCUCAAAGAAAGUGAUCCUACACUAGUGACUGGAAUUAAUUUGACUAUGAUAAAUAAUAUCCGUGCAAAUAAAUCAAGUACAGGAGCAGAAAUAAGUUUUGAUAUCUCAAAACUGGAUAAUACUCCUGAAGGAUGUAAAACAUGGUUUGCCACUUUAGGAAUUUCUGCAGAAGAAUUUCUCGAAUAUAUCAAAUCCUUAAAAAUUUCUGUUCAAAAAUCACUGACUAAUAGAGAUUUCAAACCAAAUUCUAUAACUCCAACAACACAAACACCAGGUAUUAAAGCAAUUUCGACGUUAGGAAGCAUAUUCUCACAACAUCCACUUCAACCUCAACCUCAUCCUCAAUCUCAACUUCAAAAACCUCAAGUUCAACUACAACCUCAACCUCAACCUCAAUCUCAACCUCAACCUCAACCUCAACCUCAACCUCAACCUCAACCUCAACCUCAACCUCAACCUCAACCUCAACCUCAACCUCAACCUCAACCUCAACCUCAACCUCAACCUCAACCUCAACCUCAACCUCAACCUCCUCAACCUCAACCUCAACCUCAAUCUCAACCUCAACCUCAACCUCAACCUCAAUCUCAACCUCAACCUCAACCUCAACCUCAACCUCAAUCUCAACCUCAACCUCAACCUCAACCUCAACUUCAACUUCAUCAUCAACCUCAACUUCACCAUCAACCUCAACUUCAAUCUCAACUACAUCUUCAUCCUCAACCUACACCUCAACCUCAUCCUCAACUUCAACUUCAAUCUACACUUCACUCUCAACCUACACCUCAACCUCAACCUCAACCUCGCCUUCAAACUCAAACUCAACCUCAACCUCGCCUUCAACCUCAACCUCAACCUCAACCUCAACCUCAGCCUCAACCUCAACCUCAGCCUCAACCUCAACCUCAACCUACACCUCAAACUCAACCUCAAUCUCAACUUCAAUCUACACUUCACCCUCAAACUCAAUCUACACUUCACCCUCAACCUCAACUUACACUUCACCCUCAACCUCAACUUACACUUCACUCUCAAACUCAAUCUACACUUCACCCUCAACCUCAACUUACACUUCACCCUCAACCUCAACUUACACUUCACCCUCAACCUCAACUUACACUUCACCCUCAACCUCAACUUACACUUCAUCCUCAAACUCAACUUACACUUCAUCCUCAAACUCAAGUUACACUUCACCCUCAACCUCAAUCUACACUUCACCCUCAACCUCAACCUCGUCUUCAACUUCAAUCUCAAGCUCGUCUUCAACCUCAACCUCAACCUCAACCUCAAUCUCAAUCUCAACCUCAACUUACAUCUCAAUCUCAAUCUACACUUCAUCCUCAACCUCAACCUCAACUUACAUCUCAACCUCAAUCUCAACUUACAUCUCAACCUCAACCUCAACUUACAUCUCAAUCUCAAUCUACACUUCACCCUCAACCUCAACCUCAACUUACAUCUCAAUCUCAAUCUACACUUCACCCUCAACCUCAACCUCAACUUACAUCUCAAUCUCAAUCUACACUUCACCCUCAACCUCAAUCUACACUUCAUCCUCAACCUCAACCUCGUCUUCAAUCUCAAUCUCAACCUCGUCUUCAACUUCAAUCUCAACCUCGUCUUCAACCUCAACUUCAACCUCAACCUCAAUCUCAGUCUCAACCUCAACCUCAAUCUCAAUCUCAACCUCAACCUCAAUCUCAACCUCAACCUCAACCUCAAUCUCAACCUCAACCUCAACCUCAAUCUCAACCUCAACCUCAAUCUCAACCUCAACCUCAACCUCAAUCUCAAUCUCAACCUCAACCUACACUUCACCCUCAAACUCAACCUCGUCUUCAAUCUCAAUCUCAAUCUCAACUACAACUUCAUCCUCAAGCUCAACCUCAACCUCAACCUCGUCCUCAUCCUCAACCUUAUCCUCAAACUCGUCCUCAAUCUUAUUCUUAUUCUCAAACUCAUCCUCAACCUCAACCUCAACCUCAACCUCGUCCUCAAUCUUAUCCUUAUCCUCAACCUCAUCCUCAACCUCAUUCUCAAUCCCAAUCUCAAUCUCACUUUCAAUAUCCUCUUUCACCUUUCUCUCAAACCCAUUCUCAAUCUCACUUUCAAUUUCCUCUUUCAUCUUUCUCUCAAGCCCAUCCUCAAUCUCGUCCUCAAGCUCAUCCUCAACCACAGUCUCAAACUCAUUUUCAAUUCUCUCUUCUACCUCACUCUCAAUCUUAUCCUCAAUCUCAUUCUCAAUCUCACUCUCAAUCCCAUCCUCAACCUUACUCUCAAUCUCGUUCUCAAUUUCAUCUUCAACCUCAUCCUCAACCUUAUCCUCAUCCUCAAUCUCGUCCUCAUCCUCAACCUUAUCCUCAUCCUCAACCUCAACCUCAUCCUCAACCUCAACCUCAUUCUCAACCUUAUCCUCAUCCUCAACCUCAACCUCAUCCUCAUCCUCAACCUCAACCUCAACCUCAACUUCAAGCUCAUCCUCAUCCUCAAUCUCAACCUCAACCUCAACUUCAUCCUCAUAUUCAAAAAUCUGAACCUCAAUCUCACUUUCCAAAUCAAGAACUUCAAUCUGAAUUUCACUCUCAAUCUCACGUGCACACAUUCGAUUUAUCAAAAACCCAUCAACCAUCCAGUAUGACAUCACCAAUAAAAAAGUUUGAUAUUCCCCAUGUUGAUACUUCUGAUACUACUCUAGUAAAAUUGGACAAAAUAAAGCCAGAUCAACUUCAGUCAAAACCUGGGCCAUUAACAGAAGCAACUCAUACCUAUUCUAGUGCUCCUACUUACAGCAAAGGUCGCAACAUUACUAAAGAAGAUUUAGAAAAGCUUUCUGAGGCUCUAUUUAUGAAAGAUAGUAAUAACGUGAAUAAAUAUAUCAAACUGAAUUUACAAAAAAAGACGAAUAGUAACGAUACAACAGACGAAGCAUCACAACCAUUAUUCACGGUAAAUCCACAAGCAUUUAAAAUACCCACAAUUCAAAAAGUUAUAUCAAUGUAUGACAGAUACAAUGCCCAAGGUAAUGAAAGCCGGAAUGCAAAUCUACAGCACCGACAUGAAGAGAAUGCUUUAAUAAAUACAUUCCUUAACACGAAUGUGAUGUCCGCCGCCAUGAGAUUCUUGGCGAAUAAAGAUCAUAUAUGUAAUGAUUAUUACGAGUACAAAGAUAUGUUAAGAAAAUUAUGGUUUAGCUUAUACUCUCAAGAAGGUGGAAAGAUGAGUAGCUCGGCUUUUGAACAUGUUUUCAUGUCCGAAGUUAGGAAGUUAAAACGUGGAACUAGUCUGUUUGGAUUGCAUAAUUGGAUUUACUACAGUAGAGAAGAAAACAAAGGGAAAAUAAAUUACAAUGGAUAUAUAAAAAAAGUUGACCUCGGAGAUAACGCUUCUAUUAUCAAAGUACGAUCACAAUAUGGAUCACCAUAUGGAUAUAUUAAACCGGUAACGACAUUAUUCGUGGGUACCUCACCCGAACUGGAGAUGGCACUGUACACAGUAUGUUUUUAUGCAAGACCUGACGGAAAUUGUCCAAUGUCUCUUGGAGGAGCAAAGUUUGAUAUCGUCACUUCUAAAUUUAAAUAUAAAGGAAAGGAAAUGAUAGAAUCAGCCUAUCCAAAAAUAUAAAUUUAUUAAUAUAAAUUUAUUUAUAUUUUCAAGAAAACAAAGAUAAUUUUGUAGUA